AUGGAUACAGCAUCAAUUAGGGGCCUUUCUUGGAGUACGUUAGAUCCGGCGUCCUAUAACUCCCGGAAGCGUAGCUUCGAACAGAUGCUAUUACAACAAGACAGCAACGAGUCUUCGCGCCGAACCAGUCCCUCACGCACCCAUUCCCGCGUGGACUUGGAGCGCCAUUCUAGUCACAUAGUUUCCCUUUCGUCGUCGAAUGGAUCACCGAGUCUUGAAGAUCCAGAGAACCGCUUAUACGAGUCGCCGGCCUCAGCAAGGCAAUAUUAUGGAGACGAGAGUCUUAUCCUGGUGGGAUUUCCCAGCGCAGGCAAGAAAACGCUCGGAUUAAUCGCGUCCGCAGCUUUGCGAAGAGAGUUUGUGGAUUUCGACACUGUCUUCGUGGGUAAAACUGGGCUAUCACCUCGGGAAUAUAUUGAGGCUCAUGGAGCGACGGCAUAUCGAAGUGUGGAAGACGAACUGACAAGUGAAGUAUUCCGCUCGAGACAGAAGGGAUGUGUUCUUGUCGGUUUUUUUGCCAUGGCAAGCAACCGCCAACGGCGACUAUUGAAAUCGCUAUCUACCACAAACCCUAUCAUACAUAUUCAGCGAGAUCUUGGGAACAUGAUUCAUCGGGGAGAUUCGGACAAAGACCGCUUGUAUCGGACUUAUCAACUGAGUGAGAAGAUGCACCGACGUUUUGCCAACUUUGAGUUUUUCAAUAUCUUCCAGCCAAUGGCGGAUGAUAAACCACUUGGACCUCUCAGGCUGAAAGCCACUGAGCGCGAGUUCGUUCGAUUCCUCAAUGGAAUCUUUCCGCAGUCCGAAGCAUCUAGAGGACUGAAAAAUCUCUGUUCAAGCUCAUACACGUAUGCUCUACAAGCUCCUUCUUCGUGGCUGGAUGACCCGCAGGCCGACUACACAGAGCUUGACUCUGGAGCGGACGCUGUGGAGAUACUGGUUGAGAUGAGCCCUCAGAAUCAACAGGACCUUUUUUUCAAAUUAUCGCAAAGAGUCGCUGUAUUAAGAAAGUACUGUCGCGUCCCUAUCAUUCUUGACCUUGAGACGUCGGCGACUAUGAACUAUAUAGCCCAAGUGAACUUGUUGGAACUCGUUAUUCGACAAGCGCCAGACGUAAUCAUGGUCUCGUUAGACAUGAGUCCCCAUUUGGUUAAACAAUUGUCGCUUGCGAAAGGCCAUUCUAAAAUUAUUGGGAAGUAUCAUCAGAAAGGUCCGAUCUCUGAAAACUGGGAUUUGACCAAUUUGCAAACUGUCAUUGACAAAGCAAGCUUACUUCAUUGCAGUGCUAUUCGACUCACCGGUGAGGCGUAUGAGACCAAUAAUAAUUUUGGGUGUGUCAGGGUCGUACUAGAGGCACGAAAGCUUAGUGACCUUCCUGUUAGUUGCUACAAUACUGGAGAGUAUGGACGUUCGUCUAUUUGCCUGAAUCCUAUCCUGUCUCCAGUUGUCCUUCCGUCCCAGUCUACAAAGCAGGGAAUCACUCUUGCAGAUGCCCAAAGAGGAUUAUUUUCUUCAUUUUGGCGAACAAAAAAGAAUUUCACUGUCUUCGGGCAAAAUGUCUCGUACAGUUUGACUCCGGCUAUGCACAACGCCGCCUGCAUUGCAUGUGGAAUGCCGCAUACAUGUGACUAUGUGGAAAGCGACCGUCUGGCUCGUAUUCGGGAGGUUUUCGAACGUGAAUCACAGGGUGGUCUUGCUAUCGUUUAUCCUUACAAAACUGAAGUUGUGCAAAUGAUGGAUGAAAUGAGUCUUGAUGCCAAAGUCAUUGGUGCGGUUAAUACCGUUGUCAUUGAGAGGAUAUCUACGAAUGAAGGCAGCCCAAAGCUAUAUCUCAAGGGCUACAAUACAGAUCAUAUUGGAAUACGUACAUGCAUCGAAAAGAAUCUGUCACCUGCAAACGCAAUACGAUCACAAACGAGUGCUUUGAUUAUUGGUGCUGGGGGCAUGGCGCGUGCUGCCAUAUAUGCUUGUAUCAAAGCCGGUGUCAGAAAUAUUUGCAUUUUCAACAGGACCGAAGCGAAUGCUCGGAGACUUGCAGAUUACUUCGCUACUGUUUACACUAAUCUUCGAUUGACCAUUCUCACCGACCUCAGCACUCCGUGGCCCACGGAUUUGUGGCAUCCCACGAUUAUUGUUUCUUGCAUUCCUGCGCACAAGGUUGGGGAUAAUGAUGCACCAGAUUUUCUAAUCCCGGAACAAUGGUUAGGUAGUUCGACCGGAGGCGUGUUUGUUGAGUUUGCGUAUAAACCUCUAGUCACCCGACUCAUCCGGUUCAUGCAAUCUCGACGAUCUCAAGGAUGGAUUGUUGCCGAUGGUCUUGACGUACUUGUCGAACAAGGGAUUGCUCAAUUCGAAAUCCUAACGGAUAGACCUGCGCCCAGCCACAUUAUGCGACGAACAGUGCGGGAACAAUAUUCCAUCGCUCAGAAUGCUCACAUUCUCCGGGAUUUCUCUGUCGUCGGCAAAGUGUUUGCCCGUCGGGUGGGGUUGGUGGCAUUCACUAGCUUAACUUCACUACUUAUUCAGUCAGAUACUUAUUGUUGUAGCUCAGCACAUCGCAACCAUUCGAGGGAGAGAAUCCAUUUCGAUCAGUCAUUGCAGAGCAAGGGAGAAGUUCAUGACUCCUCGUUUAAGAAGUUUGCCAUUAUCGACAUGCCCACUAUCUUGAUCCUCAAUGGCCCUAACCUCAAUUUGCUUGGCCUUCGAGAACCCCAUAUCUACGGGGAAAGUACCCUAGAAGACGUGGAAAAAAUGUGUCACGAAUUAGGAAAACAGCAUAAUAUUUCCGUGAAAACGUUUCAAAGCAAUCAUGAGGGCCAGUUAAUUGAUUGCAUUCACGAAGCUCGAAAUAAAGUGGAUUUGAUCGUGAUCAACCCAGCAGGCUAUACCCACACCAGCAUUGCGAUCCGUGACGCCCUCCUUGGAGUAUCAAUACCGUUUAUCGAGGUUCAUAUCAGUAACGUCCACGCCAGGGAAAAAUGGCGAAACCAUAGUUACUUCUCGGAUAAAGCACUUGCGUGUAUCGUCGGGUUAGGGGCAUUUGGAUAUGAAGUCGCUAUCCAGCAUGCGGUGCGAAAUCUUUUCCCCAAGCUUACCAGCUAGUGAGCUUAAUAAAAAUUUUUACGCCUUGUAUAAUCGCCUCCGACUACUUCAAGCAACUUCUUAUUGAAAUAGAUGAGGGACUACCAUACCGAAGGGUUUAUCCCGAACUGUUUUCAACGUCCAACACUAGCAGCGACGAGAAGGGGAACAUUUGAUAUAGUGGGUGGGUUGAGCGUAAUA